UCUCCUCUGGGAGUCAUUCCAUGCCAGGAAUAUAAGGCCCGAAUAUCGCAUCGGCGCUCUUCUAUAUUCGGCGGUUCCAAUCUUCGCAAUGGCAACCUCCCCCGCGGGGGGUUUAUCCGAGCCCAGGGCGCCUACAGAUGUCCCUGCCGACACUUCCGAACAACAGGCGCCAGCCGAGCCUCCAGCAGUAGUAGUAGCACCAGCACCGACGUCUCCAACGCAAGCGCCAGCGCCAACGCCAACUUCACAGCCAACUGUACCCUCCGUGCGCUUUCGGUCCGUCGUUGAGGAGAUCGGUCCGGAGGUGGUGCAAUCGGGAUCGUCUCCAGAAGUCCCUCCUCCCGUCGACGCCCAUGAAAUCGGCGAGGUCACACCAGCCCAGCUGAAUGCGUUGGCCAAGUCGCUGCAAGGCUCUCACUUGCAGGAGCGCCGGAUGAACAUAUUUUCAUUCCAGCCAGUAUCGCUUCCUGCCUCUAGAACUCCCUCCCAUGAGGACGAUUCUUCAAAAAACCCUACUCGUCAAAAUACCCGCAGUACCGCUGGGCAAUCACCAUUGUCGAGCCCGCGGGUUGCGCCAAUGCAUAGUCCACCUCUGACCCCCGCGGCCACUGGCCUUGCCGAUGCCGACUCGAAACGUCAGGCCAAUGCAACAGCGGGCCACCGAAGUGACCUCAUCACUCCACAAGACUCGACCGACUCACCACCUCGGUCUUCUCGCCCAAGCUUGCGACCGGAUGGUUUCUCCUCGGCUGACGACGUUCCCCGGCGACCUCACUCGACGCACAAUGAUAGUGAUGGAUCCUCUAAAGUAGGCGGGCACCGCAAGGGCAUGUUUUCUACAGGACCCGGGAGUCUGCCGUCUUCGCGAGAUUCGAGCCCUACCCGCCUAGCUGCCUCACAACUGUACACGAGGCCGUUCACUCCGGACGGCGAUGCGAACGACCCAUAUGCGGCACAUAAGCGACCCCAGCAAAAAGCCAUCGAGCCGCGAUUUCAUUUCUCUCUAGGCAGGAGAAAGCAAUCACCCGCAUCGUCUUCCAACAGCCUGGGGAAAGCUUCCCCGGACAAGCGCGGCUCGGCUUUGUUCCUCAGGGGUGUUGAUCUCAACCGGGAAACCAGUACUACUCCGACAGUAAAUAGUAGGCCCAACUCGAUGGCUGACUUGAAGCGGUUUUUCAAGGUCGGGCCUCACAAGAAGCGCGCCUCGUCCCCAUCUCCAUCAGUCAAAUCGACACAGGCUUCGGCAAGCUCCAAAAGCCAGGCUCAGAUCCCUUUUGGCAGUGACCAUGGGCUGUCUUCCAAGUAUGGGAAGCUGGGCAAGGUUCUCGGCUCAGGGGCUGGUGGAUCGGUGAGGUUAAUGAAGCGGGCAGAUGACAACACGGUCUUCGCAGUGAAGGAGUUUCGACCACGACAUACUUACGAAACUGAGAAGGAGUACGUCAAGAAGCUGACGGCCGAGUAUUGUAUCGGCUCAUCGCUACAUCACGGUAACAUUAUUGAGACACUUGACAUUGUUCAGGAAAAGGGCAAGUGGUAUGAGGUUAUGGAAUACGCUCCAUAUGAUCUUUUCGCCAUUGUCAUGACCGGAAAACAGUCGCGCGAGGAGGUGACGUGCUGCUUCCUCCAGAUUCUUAGUGGAGUCACGUAUCUGCACGGCAUGGGUCUUGCGCACCGAGAUUUGAAAUUGGACAACGUUGUGGUCAGCGAACACGGAAUUAUGAAGAUAAUCGAUUUUGGAAGCGCUCAUGUCUUCAAAUACCCUUUCGAGAACGGAAUCAACUUAGCAAAAGGGAUUGUCGGAUCCGAUCCAUAUCUAGCACCCGAGGUGUAUGAUGAACGGAGAUAUGAUCCCGCGGCAGUCGAUAUAUGGUCACUGGCUAUCAUAUACUGCUGCAUGACAUUGCGCCGCUUCCCCUGGAAAGUUCCUCGCAUGACCGAUAACUCGUUUAAACUGUUUGCUUCCGAGCCAACACCAGGUCACGACCCAAAGAAGCUGGUUUUGCCGUCCCAUCAGUCCUCAUCGGCACUCACUGAGACACCGGCGCGGGAUAUUUUUGUCCAAACCGACGAGAACAAGUCAACUGUCGAGCAGGUCAACAAUUCACAACCACAGAAGUCGGAAGGACCGACAAGCACCGGCACUGAGACGAACACCGGGGGUUCCAAUACUGGUAACAGCUCGGCGAACGACAAGCGCGAGGUUAUUCGUGGACCUUGGCGUAUACUGCGACUAUUACCGCGCGAGAGUCGACAUGUUAUCGGCCGUAUGCUGAUGAUAAAUCCCAAGGAAAGGGCCAAGAUGGAGGAGAUCAUUGAAGAUCCUUGGGUUGCAAAUACCGUCAUCUGUCGACAAGAAGCCCCCGGCCAGGUUUUCCAAGCAGAGGAUCACACUCACAUUUUGGAGCCUCCAGCGGCCACGUCAACCACGCCUGCUGCGGCACCUGGCAAAUAGAGACUGUUGCAGGUCAAGGCUAAUUUUUUUGUUGUUCUGCCCACGCAGAAAUUCAUUAUCAUCAAACUGCUAAUAUCUAGAGCUUCUCAAGGCAUGCGCGAAACCACAGACAGACCUGGAUCAUAUCGAGCGCAUAGAGAUGGGGAUGGGUGGUUGGUGUACAUUGUUAUUCUCUUUGUUUUGUUACUGGGGAUUUCGGGGUAUAUUUGCAUGUAGCAUUCUAGGGGACUGGGGUCGCAUAACGGGCUGUAUUAGAGCAGCUCUUCGAGCACUAGAAUGGGCACUAGGGAAAUAUACGAAGGGAUUUUUGGAUUCUCCCUUGGACAUUUGAUAAGGAGGUAUGGUUUAGGAAACAACAUCCUCGACUGAUUUAAGAGUUCUUAAAGCAGUAAAAAAGAAGAGUCAUGUG